AUGCUUGUAAAUCUGACAAAACUAGAUCACUUCACUCUUCUGGGCUUCCCCGGACUACGCCCUCAGUAUUAUGGUCCUGUGUCUGCUGUGAUGUUCUUUGUCUAUCUUGCUAUUGGCUUUGGAAACAUAUUUAUUUUAGCUUUUGUUAUGCAUGAGAAGAAGCUUCAAAAACCAACUUAUCUGAUCUUCUGUCACUUGGCGCUCAAUGACUUGACUUUUGGAACAGUCACUCUCCCAAAGAUUAUUUCUAAGUACUGGUUUGGCAACAGUCUCAUCUCAUUCAAUGGCUGUUUUGUCCAGAUGUUUUUUGUUCACUACCUGGGAUCUGUUCAGUCUUUUAACCUGUUGGUGAUGGCCCUCGAUAGGUUCAUAUCCAUUUGUCUUCCAAUGCGUUACCCUGUCCUCAUUUCAAACACUGUUGUGUCCAGGCUCUGUGGGAUUUCCUGGGUUAUUCCAAUACCUAUAAUGAUUACAGUUGUGGUGCAGGCAGUAUUUUUACCUUUUUGUAAAUCGAAUGUUAUUAAUCAAUGCUACUGUGACCAUAUAUCUAUAAUGAGUCAGACAUGCACUGAAAAGUUUCUGAUAGUUAGCGCGACUGCUGUAUCUUUGGCCAUGUUCUGCCUUUUGCUUCCACUGUCUUUCAUUCUUUUCUCCUACAUCUCUAUUAUUGUAGUGAUUCUGAAAAUGACAAAUGCUAAUGGACGUAGAAAGGCAUUUUCAACGUGUACUUCACAAAUAUUAAUCACAUGUUUGUAUUAUCUUCCAAGAUGCUUUCUGUAUGUGUCAAAUCUUAAAGGGUUUUCCUUCAGCUUGGAUUUUAGAAUCUUUAUUAUAAUGUUGUACAGUCUGUUGCCUGCAACUGUGAAUCCAAUCAUAUACUGUUUUAAAACACAAGACAUUAAGCAAUGUUUGUUCAUGAAAUUGCAUCGGGCUAGAAUUGGUAUAGAGCAGAAAGGUUUUCCUAUGAAUAAAAUAAUUAGAUCAGGAUAA